UCAAUGCAGGGCUAAUCAACUAUUCACUCCGCCUUCGUCUCCGCUUUAUUCCUAGAAAUAGAGCACUAAUCUGGGUAUUCAACAAUCAAACUGAAAUACUAAGAAUAGAAAAGCUGUUUGUUCCAUUUUCUAGGAGCAGGUUUUAAAAACCAGUUUGUAAAGAAGCUCAAUAUUAGUCAUUCCCGUCGAUCGGGCUUGUGAUCUCCGGAACCUCUACUGUAAGCAUAGAACCUGUGAUAAGUCGUGACCUUGACCACAUUCGCUUACGAGGCAUUAUUAACUUUUCGGUUGCGACAAUCAAAUAAUCCGAUUUUACAUGACUCAAACAAUUGUUUAUAUCUUGUGAGGGGUAAAUAAUGCGGGGUAAAAUGUGUUGCACAGGAUGCUGUGGGGCAUCCCCAGUCCCAAGCCCCACAUGUUCUCCAAUGUUCUGUCCUACAAGAAGGCCGUGCUGUGUAACAAGGGAAAACUUCAUGAAUUCUCCCUCGGUCAGUCUGUCGGGUUUUAGACAAUCUAACACAUGCGAGAUACGGCAACUAAAGUCCGACUUAGAGAUGGCGGAACUCACCCUCGAAGGACCUGGGAUCAUCUAUGUGACCUCCAAAAUAGUUUGCACCGAUGUACUGGACGAUAAAACAUACCUGAAAUGGUACGAAGAGGACCACAUCCCAGAUAUCCUCGAAAAGACACCGAUCAACUCCGCAUUCCGUUUCAGCAAUGUCAAACCUGACGCCGAGAGACCCUACUUGUUGGUGUACCCGAUGGAGAAUCUGGCAGAUAUUCAUGGGGAAGGCUUCAAGCAGCUCAGACUCUAUAGCGAUUUCAUGCCGAAUAAAGGAGCUCCGUAUGAUUUUGCGGAUCUGGACUUCAGGGAAUAUAAAUUGAUUCAGAAAUAUGAUCCACGUGGAACAGCUGGAGAGAAAGUGAAGUUCAUAGCUACUGGAGGGUUUGAGUUGGGCUUAUCAUUGAAAGAAGAACAUCUACAUGAUUGGUAUAAUCAAGAACAUCUCGAACGUCUCUCAACAGUCCCUGGAUAUCUCCGUACAACGAGGUACAGACUUAUGCACCACUCAACAAAUGAAGACACCAGGGUAAUGUUUGGCCUCACUUCCAAGGACGAUCUUGUAAUACAGGAGAGAGAUGAGCCUCCAACCUGGCAUGCGAUCCAUGAAUUUGAUGAGAAUUUCGACAUGAAUGCGUUGAGAGAAACUAUCGAUACUGAAUGGACGAAGAAAAUAUUCAGUGAUACGACGAAGCAGGAAUAUAAUGUUUACAGACAUGAGAAAAGUUAUGGAGACGGGGAGUUCUUUCGCUGAGAGUUUCUUGGAAGGCGAGAGGCUGACAAAUGAGCGACAGAAAGAUAUGUAGAAAGAUCAUAAAAAACAAAUAAAAACAAAGGUUUCUCUCCUUGCGCGCCUUGGGCCCUUGAGGAGAUUUCGUGAAUUUCGAGGACUCGGGCUGUAGUCU